CCAAAAGCUCCUUCAGCUGAUAAACUUCAGCAAAGUUUCAGGAUCCCACAUGAACAUACAAAAAUCACUAGUAUUCCUAAACACCAACCAUAGCUAAGCCGAGAGCCAAAUCAGAAAUGCAAUCCCAUUCAAGACAAACUGCUAAAAGCAAAACCAAAACUUUCCAAAUAAGCCAGGCUUUCGUCAGUUCCUCAGAACUAGUUCUGGUUUGACUCACUCUCAUGUUAUGGCAAACUUUAAACUGAAUGAACAAUUCUUCUUCUCUCAGUGAAUAUAUCUUAACGCCAAAUUCUGAGUGCUUUUUUGUCACCCAUCCUCAUAUGUCCCAGCUAGAAAGAAUCCUGGGUUAGGAGCUACUGCAUGUUGAUGGUUUUGUUUUUCCUUUUGGCUGUUCAUUGGUGGCUACUAUCAGGAAAUCUAACACAAACAGCAACUGUUUUUUGUUGUUUUCUUUUGCAUCUUUACCUGUGGAGCUGCGACAAGUCCUCAUAUCAAAUACAGAACAUGAUCUUCCUCCUGCUAAUGUUGAGCCUGGAACUGCAGCUUCACCAGACAGCAGCUUUAUUCACAGUGACAGUCCCUAAGGAACUGUACAUAAUAGAGCAUGGCAGCAAUGUGACCCUGGAAUGCAACUUUGACACUGGAAGUCAUGUGAACCUUGGAGCAAUAACAGCCAGUUUGCAAAAGGUGGAAAAUGAUACAUCCCCACACCGUGAAAGAGCCACUUUGCUGGAGGAGCAGCUGUCCCUAGGGAAGGCCUUGUUCCACAUACCUCAAGUCCAAGUGAGGGACGAAGGACAGUACCAAUGCAUAAUCAUCUAUGGGGUUGCCUGGGACUACAAGUACCUGACUCUGAAAGUCAAAGCUUCCUACAGGAAAAUAAACACUCACAUCCUAAAGGUUCCAGAAACAGAUGAGGUAGAGCUCACAUGCCAGGCUACAGGUUAUCCUCUGGCAGAAGUAUCCUGGCCAAACAUCAGCGUUCCUGCCAACACCAGCCACUCCAGGACCCCUGAAGGCCUCUACCAGGUCACCAGUGUUCUGCGCCUCAAGCCACACCCUGGCAGAAACUUCAGCUGUGUGUUCUGGAAUGCUCAAGUGAGGGAACUUACUUUGGCCAGCAUUGACCUUCAAAGUCAGAUAGAACCCAGGACCCAUCCAACUUGGCUGCUUCACAUUUUCAUCCCCUCCUGCAUCAUCGCUUUCAUUUUCAUAGCCACAGUGAUAGCCCUAAGAAAACAACUCUGUCAAAAGCUGUAUUCUUCAAAAGACACAACAAAAAGAUCUGUCACCACGAAAAAGAGGGAAGUGAACAGUGCUGUGAAUCUGAACCUGUGGUCUUGGGAGCCAGGAUGACCUGAUGUGACAUCUAAAGAAGCUUCUGGACUCUGAACAAGAAUUCAGUGGCCUGCAGAGCUUGCCAUUUGCACUUUUCAAAUGCCUUUGGAUGAUCCAGCACUUUAAUCUGAAACUUGUAACAAGACUAGCCAGCACCUGGCCAUGAAACUUGCCCCUUCACUGAUCUGGACUUAUCUCUGGAGCCUAUGGCUCUGAGCAAGCACGAAUGCACUUUACAAAAUUACCCCACUGGAUCCUGGACCCACAGAGUGCCUUGAGGCUCCUUCUUGCUGCCAGACUGAAAGCAAAAGGAAUUAUUUCAAGUUUCCUAAAUGAUUUCCAAAAGCAGAGAUGUGUGGAAAUUUCCAGUUACAGAAACAGAUGGGUUGCCAAUAGAGUUAUUUUUUAUCUAUAGCUUCCUCUGGGUACUGGAAGAGCCUAUUGAGACUAUGAGCUCAUAGAUAGGGCUUUGCACAAACUCAAAUCAUAAUUGACAUGUUUUAUGGCUUACUGGAAUCUUGACAGCAUCUGAAGUUGUUAUAAUUAACAGAGAGCAUUUAAAUAUACACUAAGUGCACAAAUUGUGGAGUAAAGACAUCAAGCUCUGUUUUUGAGGUCUAAGUCACAAAGCAUUUGUUUUAACCUAUAACAGCACCAUGUUUAAUGGUGGUUGUUUCUGUUUAAACUACAUCUUUCCUUUAGAAAUUCUUGGUUUCUUUUUAAUUUUUUUACCUUAGAAAUCAACGAUAUACAGUCAAAAAUAUUUGAUAUGCUCAUACGUUGUAUCUGCAGCAAUUUCAGAUGAGUAGCUAAAAUGGCCAAAGUCCCAAACUAAGGUUCCUUUUCUGGCCCUCUAUAUGACUUUAAACUUGAGCUUUCAGUGCCUCAGUUGGCACAUCUGUGAUACAGCAAUGCUAAGUAGUCAAGGCCUUUGAUAAUUGGCACUAUGGAAAUCCUGCAAGAUCCCACUACCUAUGUGUGGAGCAGAAGGGUAACUUGGCUACAGUAACGGCUUUAUUUUGUUAAAUUUGUUCUUCAUACUGGAGCCAUGAAGCUCAGAGCAUUAGCUGAUCCUUGAACUAUUCAAAUGGGCACAUUAGCUAGUAUAACAGACUUAGGUAGGUGGGCCUAAAGCAAGCUCCUUAACUGAGCAAAAUCUGGGGCUUAUGGGAAUGAAAGGGUGUGAAAUUGACUAACAGACAAAUCAUACAUCUCAGUUUCUCAAUUCUCAUGUAAAUCAGAGAAUGCCUUUAAAGAAUAAAACUCAAUUGUUACUCUUCAACGUUCUUCACAUAUUCUACUUUUGGGUAAGAAGUUUGCUCAGGGUCUUGCAAGUCAGUAAGGUUAAUAUCCUGUUAUGCCAUUUGGCUCCCAAAGAUUUGAAGGCCUUUGAGGCAAACUUGGAUGUACUUUUCAGGAGGGUUGGGUCCUAGGGAUGCUUGAUCUGGGGUUCCUGCUGGAGGAGGAGCACUUCCUAACACCACAGAGAGCAGGGCAGGAG